AUGAUUGGGCUUCCAUUGGAUGAUGCAUCCAGAACGAACUUGAAAUCUCAGUUUGCUAAGCGUAGAGUAUCAAUUUUAUCUUUGAUUAUUUUCUUUUUCUUAUUAAUUAUAUUUUUCACUUCGGAUGCUUUCCCGUUAUUUAAAAUUUUUUUACAACCAAUUGAUGAUAAUUCACUUUGUCCGGUUCAUGACAAGAUAGUGCCAAAAUCUUUUGUUGAAGACAAUUCGACGGUAAUUGGGAUUCUUAAAGAUGAAUCUUUUAGAUUGAAUUCAGUUGAAAAAUUAUCUGGAGCCAUUCAAGUUGAUACUCAAAUCUUUGAUAAGCCUCCGGAUGUACCUGAUGCUCCAGAAGUUUGGAAAAAGUUUAAAAAAUUCCACAAGUAUUUGGAAAAAACCUUCCCAGUUGUUUUUGAAAAUACCCAAGUUGAUUAUGUUAAUACUUACGGGUUAGUUUUCUAUUUGAAGGGGUCAAAUCCCGAUUUGAAACCGGUUUUAUUAACUGCUCAUCAAGAUGUAGUUCCAGUUCAACAAAGCACUUUGAAAGAUUGGACACAUCCUCCAUUUAGCGGGUUUUACGACGGUGAAAAAAUCUAUGGACGUGGUGCUUCUGAUUGCAAAAAUGUCUUGAUUGCAAUUAUGGAGUCUUUAGAAUUAUUGAUUAAAAAUGAUUAUAAGCCUGCAAGAGGUGUUGUUGCUGCUUUCGGUUUUGAUGAAGAAGCCAGUGGGUUUAUUGGUGCUAAAAAUAUCGCUAAAUUUUUACAAGAGAAGUUUGGUAAAUUUAGUUUCCAUUCUUUAUUAGAUGAAGGUUAUGGUUUAACUUUAGACGCUUCGACCAAUCAAGUUGUUGCUGCUCCUGCUGUUGGUGAGAAGGGUUAUCUUGAUAUUGUUGUUGAUUUAACCACUCCUGGUGGACAUUCUUCUAUUAGUCCUGACCAUACUUCAAUCGGUAUGAUGGGUGAAUUGGCCUAUAUUAUUGAACAAGAUCCAUACCAGCCUUUAUUGACUAAUGAGAAUCCAAUUUUACAUUAUUUACAGUGUUUAGCAGUGAAUUCUGAAGAAUUACCUAAAUUAACUCGUAAAACUAUCUUGCGAGCUGGUUUUGAUAAAUUUGCAAAUGCUAAAAUUGUCAAGGUUUUAUCAGAUAAUAUUUUAACUAAAUUUUUGAUUAGGACUUCGCAAGCCAUUGACAUUAUUUCUGGUGGUGAAAAGGCCAAUGCCUUGCCUGAAAAUGUUAAAAUGGUUAUCAAUCAUCGUGUCGCAAUUGACUCUAAAGUUUCCGAUAUUCAAGCUCAUUUCACUGAUCGGGUAUUGAUCUUGGCCAAAAAACAUGAUUUACAGGUUAUCAGUUUCGGCAAGGAAGUUUUCAAUGUUGAGAAUAAAAAGGGUACAAUCGAUAUUGAUUUCAAUUCUCAUUCUUUAGAGGCGGCUCCAAUUUCCCCUUCUAAUGAUACUGUUUGGAAAUACGUUGCAGCCACCACCAGACACAUUUUUGAAGACCUUGUUUUCACCAAUUUGACUUAUCCAAUUAUAACUGCACCAAGUCUUAUGCCUGCUAACACUGAUACUAGAUAUUAUUGGGAUUUAACUAAGAAUAUUUAUCGUUACUCUCCAUUUUUCGCAGCAGAUAUGUUGAAGGAGAAUAAAAUUCAUAGUGUUGAUGAGCAAUUAAGAUUCGACUCCCAUUUACAAUUGAUCGCUUUCUUCUAUGAGUAUGUUCAAAAUGUCGAUACUCCUGAUGCUGAUAACUGAUUUCUAUCUAUAUAUUUU